AUGUUACCACCAAUAUUAAGGGCUCCCGAUUAUUGCAACUCUUUAGUUCGCAGAUUACAUCAAUGUCGACAGAAGGGCGAGCUUCUGGAUUGUAGUAUUCGCGUGGAUACUGGGAAUGGUUAUACUAAGCAUAUCCUUGUACAUCAAAUAAUAAUACACUGUUCCAGCAAUAUUUUGAAGAAGCAACCGUGUGUUAUGAUAAAAAAGACUGGUUUGCAAGAGGUCAAUUUAAAUUUAAAAUCCAAUGAUGAAGUGAAUUGUCUAGAAGCUCUGAUCAGUUUCAUGUAUACUGGAUCACUCGAAACAACUAACUGCGAACCACAGAUUCUCAAACGAUUGGCGAUGCUAUACGGAAUUCAUGAAGUGUUUAAUCUGGUACAGUCGGUUAGCCAGGAUACGCUGUCACUAAUACAUUCAUCGGAUUUAUACACACCGACAAUUAUUUCAUUUCCAACAGUGAAAGAAUGGAUACAUCAUCUUAUGCAAAGUAUGCAGUCGGCAUACGGCAAUAUAUUAUUUCCGAACAGCGGCAUAGUCUUUCAUGCUUCCACGGAAAAUGUCAGAAACCCAAGGCAAAGGCAACGUGCACUGGAUUCAUCAACAUGGUUACAAAGUUUUCUCGAUGAAGCAACAAUAACUUGUAUCACUGAAGAUAUGGAGCUACGGCGUAAACCGAUCAGACUUACUCCAAGUAAUGAUAUAGGAGAACAUAAAAAUGAGGUGAUCUUACCCAGCAGUGACCGUGAAGGCUGGUGUCGAAAUAAGAAAUAUAUUGAGCGAAUUCCAUCUGGCUACAUGUGCACCGUAUGCCAAAAAGUAUAUGGUCGCUAUAACUCAGUAUCGUACCAUGUUACAAUUUAUCACCGUAACCCACCAAUACGAUGUGAUGAAGAAGGUUGCAAGUUUAGUACCCGUGAAGCGCGUUACAUUCAUUUCCACAAAUUUUAUCGACAUCACGUACCAUUGCCUGAAAAUAUUGAUUUAGGUUCCCGUAAGUGUGUCUUAUGUAGGCACAUAUCAAAAAGCCCGGCUAUGUUGGAGAAGCACAUAAGCCGCCAUCUACAAUACUGUAUGAAAAUUGGGAAAGACUAUCAAUGUCCGCAGUGCGAGAAGCAAGCAAGUUCACAGCAGGAAAUGUUGAAUCAUAUGGUAAUGCAUGCUGAACAGGAAGAGUCAAGCUUCCAAUGCAAGCAUUGCAGAUAUAAAGGACAAACAGAAAGAUCACUCCGGCAACAUAUACUCUUCAAACAUACUUCCGAUAUGUUCUCCAGAAAAUUUACAUGUAACCAUUGUCUUUAUGCCUCUGUGGAUUCGGUCAGUCUCGCCGCACACUGUAAAAAGAUGCAUCCGAAGCAGCAGCAUUAA